GGUCUGCAGAUAAAUCAAAUGUGACUGGAGCAUGGAGGAGUUUCUUUCGCACUGCUGUAGUUCCUGGCUCCGCCUGCAGGGGGAGGAGGGGAGGAGGGGCUGAUAUAAAGCAUCAGAUUCUUCAUCAUCAUCUUCAUCAUCUGUGACGUUUAUUCAGAAGAACCGGAGCCGAGGACACGAAAAAAUUCGCGUUUAUAACCGGAGACGAUCCACUUCAUCCUCCCAUCCUGCAGAGAGAGAGAGAGAGAGAGAGAGACAGACAGAGGAGGAGAGCGAGAGAGAGAGAGACAGACAGACAGACAGAGAGAGAGACAGGAGGAGAGAGGCAGACAGAGGAGGAGAGAGAGCGCGACAGCGACAGACAGAGGGGAGGAGACAGAGAGGCAGGUGGUCCUCCUCCAGCUGCAGUCAUGUCGGUGUCGCCCGCCCUCCCCGACCUGUCUCGUCUCUAUCAGACUGAGUUUGUUCGGAGCGCCCGAGCAGUCGGUGUCCUCUGGGCCAUCUGCACACUCUGCUUCGCCAUCAUCCAGGUGGUCGUCCUGGUGCAGCCGUCCUGGAUCGGCACUGCUGAAACCCGACACCAGGGGGCGGCCCGCGGCACCCUGGGACUGUUUGAGGUGUGUGUGGAGUCAGACUGGCCGGUCCCAGACUGUCGUGGCCGUCUGUCCAGCCUGUCUCCUCUACCGUCCUUCCAGUCGGUGGCAGUGUUGGUGGGUGUGUCCCUGUGGGCCGUGUGGACCAGUGUCCUCUGUCUCUGUCUCUUCCGGUUCUGCAGCGCUGCAACUGUCUACAAGAUCUGUGCCUGGCUGCAGCUCACAGCUGGGUUCUGUCUGGCGUUGGCUUGUCUUCUGUUUCCAGACUCCUGGGAGAGUCCAGAGAUGAGAUCUCUGUGUGGAGACUCAGUGGGCAGCUUCUCUCCAGGGAACUGUUCCGUCCACUGGGCCUACAUUCUGGCCAUCCUGGGGGUUCUGGAUGCCGCUAUCUUGGCCACGCUAGCGUUCGUCCUCGCCAACAGGCAGGACGCCCUGUUGCCGCCAGACGCCAAGGACGUGACCACAGGUCUGCUGAUGUCAGCGUGAUGUCACCAGGUCUUCAGUUCUCCUCCUGUUCCCUCCAUCAUUACCAUCCCCUGGUCUCCUGGAUACCACCUCCAUCUUCUGUCAUCAGGGUUAUAAAAAUGUUGUAUGUGGGUGGAGUCAGUCAGAGAGGAGGAGGAGGAUCCUAAACAUGGCAGCUCUGUAGUGAAGACACAAACGGAACAGCACAACGUGUUGACGUCAGAGCCGAGCUGAGUUUAAGCUGAGUUGUAUUCACUGAGAGGGAAACACCUGCUAAUGCUAAGCUAACUGAUGUCAUCAGAAUCAUCAGAGUCCUUUGAGGUUUGAUUUGAAAGGUCUCACUUCUCUUGACCAUCCUUCACGUGAUCUAUUUGUAGAAUCAUAUAUUAGUGAGCUAAUGUUAGCUUGGUUCAGUUAGCAUACCCGACAGCUCCACCUGCUGUUGGCGGCUGUAAAUAUUCAGAAACUUAUCUCUAGUUUAAAUUAAGCGAUGACAAAACCUCACUUCGUAAACCGAUGUUAGCAUGAGGCUAAGUGUGGACGAACAUCGACUCCUGAACCUCAAACAAAAAGUCUGACAUGUGUUCAUUCUUCCUGUUCUUUGUUUCUGAGUCACGUGUUCAGAUGAAUCAGUUUAAUCUCUGUUGAUCUUAGAUAAGCACAAUAUCUUGAACAGCGUUACAAUUUUAUAUUGAGUGUUUCAAACAGUCAGUGCAUCCGAUAGAAUGUCUCAUAUACAAUAGCUGCCAGUCAAACUUUACUGAUUGUUAGCAUUAGCUUUAUUUUUAGAGGUAUGACCCUGUCUGAUGUUCACGCUGUAGCAUGUUGACUAGGUCCAGUUAGCCUAGAGUUAGGCAGCGUUCCAUUAAACCUCGGAGCUCGGAAUAUGGAGAUGGCUGCUCCGUUUAUCAACAGUACUUAAAGUUGAAGUGUUUACUGUUUAGCAAUUCUGUCAUUAAAUGUGUCAUACACAUAGUACUGUCCAGUUACAGUCUGUGGACGUUAUACUAAGCUGUUAAUAUGCGUGAAAUGCAGCAUAAUGCAUUUUUAUGAACUGUUUCUGUUAACAAUUGCUAGCUGGCUAACGUAAACAUUGUUCCUGUGCAACUGGAACUCGCUAGCUUUAGUUUAGCGUUUGUCUAUUGGUUAGGUUAGCAUAUCAUAGCACAGCUAACUUGACUACCAUUUAACUUCUGGGUCUAGUUAGCAUAGCAUUAGCUUCAGGAUCGGCUAGCUUGUCAGGGAUUACCUCCUGGUGAUCUUAUUGCAAUGCUAACCUCAGAGGGGAAACUGGGCUGAUAAUGUGACUCUGGAGAAAACACAGUGUGUCAUAACUUUCCUAAAAUGUUCGCUUGACCUUUAACCUUGAAGCACAUUUAGACGUAGCUUAGUUCCUUUAUAUGAGUCGUCCAGUGAGGGAAGUGUUUGUGGUUUAUUAGAUGACGUUGUUUUUAUUAUUUUGUUUUCAGACUGUGAUCAAGUUCAUUGUGUUUGUGAAAAAAGUCGUCUUUAAAUAAACAGA